UUUUUCUUUUUAUUUUGACAUUUGACAGCAUUUGUCAUUUUGCGCUGAUUUUUUAAAGCGUCAGAAGGCGAAUAGAAAACUGAAAAUUCGUCUCAUAUAAAAAUAAUUUUCUUCCAGUAUUUAGGAUACAAAUUACAUCAGGAUGCUGAUCAAAGUGAAGACCCUUACUGGAAAGGAAAUCGAAAUCGACAUUGAACCCACGGAUAAAGUGGACCGCAUCAAGGAAAGGGUCGAGGAAAAAGAAGGCAUCCCCCCUCAACAGCAGCGUCUUAUCUUUUCCGGAAAGCAAAUGAAUGACGACAAAACCGCACAGGAUUACAAAGUGCAAGGAGGUUCAGUGCUUCAUUUGGUACUGGCUCUUCGCGGCGGAAGUCCUUAGAAUUGAAUGUUGUUGAAACCCCAAGCAGGAUGAAGGGAUGAUUCGUGAUGCGUGUGACGCAGUGUGGCUACUCAAGUCCAGAUUGAAAUGGCGGUAAAACGAUGGCUCACUUUUGAUUCUCUAUUCCUAUAAGGUUUAAAUUAUUUUGUUUUAUUAUAAACUACUACAAAUAAAACUUCUAUGGAAAAGUGAUCUGAAAAAAAAACUGUGUGCUAAUGACA